GAUGCUGGGGCUGCGAGGCGCCGGCCGGGGGGCGGGGGCCGCGGCGGGGAUAACGGAACCGGCGGAGGCGGCGCGGCGGCGCGGCGCGGCUCCUCAGCAGCGGGGCGGAUGGCGAGCGACAAGCCGGGCCCGGGGCUCGAGCCGCAGCCCGCCGCGCUCCUGGCCGUCGGGGCCGGCGGUGCUGCAGGCGGCGGCGGUGGCAUGGGGGAGCCGCGGGGCUCGGCCGGCUCCGGGGCCGGCCCGGUGGUGCUGCCCGCGGGGAUGAUCAACCCUUCGGUGCCGAUCCGCAACAUCCGGAUGAAAUUCGCCGUGCUGAUCGGACUCAUACAGGUCGGCGAGGUCAGCAACAGGGACAUCGUGGAGACCGUGCUCAAUCUGCUGGUUGGUGGGGAAUUUGACUUGGAGAUGAACUUUAUUAUCCAGGAUGCUGAGAGCAUAACAUGUAUGACAGAGCUUUUGGAACACUGUGAUGUAACAUGUCAAGCAGAAAUAUGGAGCAUGUUUACAGCCAUCCUGCGAAAAAGUGUUCGGAAUUUACAGACCAGCACAGAAGUGGGGCUAAUUGAGCAAGUAUUGCUGAAAAUGAGUGCUGUAGAUGACAUGAUAGCAGAUCUUCUAGUUGAUAUGCUGGGGGUUCUUGCAAGCUACAGCAUCACUGUCAAGGAGCUGAAGCUUUUAUUCAGCAUGCUUCGAGGAGAAAGUGGAAUCUGGCCAAGGCAUGCAGUAAAAUUAUUGUCAGUUCUUAAUCAGAUGCCUCAAAGACACGGUCCUGAUACAUUUUUCAAUUUCCCUGGGUGUAGUGCUGCGGCAAUUGCAUUGCCUCCUAUUGCAAAGUGGCCUUAUCAGAAUGGCUUCACCCUCAACACUUGGUUUCGUAUGGAUCCAUUAAAUAACAUUAAUGUUGAUAAGGAUAAACCUUAUCUUUAUUGUUUUCGUACUAGCAAAGGAGUUGGUUACUCUGCUCAUUUUGUUGGCAACUGUUUGAUAGUCACAUCUCUGAAGUCCAAAGGAAAAGGUUUCCAGCACUGUGUGAAGUAUGAUUUCCAACCACGCAAGUGGUACAUGAUCAGCAUCGUCCACAUCUACAAUCGAUGGAGGAACAGUGAGAUCCGCUGUUAUGUCAAUGGCCAGCUGGUAUCCUAUGGUGACAUGGCUUGGCAUGUUAACACAAAUGAUAGCUAUGACAAGUGCUUUCUUGGAUCUUCAGAAACUGCUGAUGCCAACAGGGUAUUCUGUGGCCAGCUUGGGGCUGUGUAUGUGUUCAGUGAAGCUCUUAACCCAGCACAGAUAUUUGCAGUUCAUCAGCUAGGACCUGGUUAUAAGAGUACCUUCAAAUUUAAAUCUGAGAGUGAUAUUCAUUUGGCAGAACAUCACAAACAGGUUCUAUAUGAUGGGAAACUUGCAAGUAGUAUCGCCUUCUCAUACAAUGCCAAGGCCACUGAUGCUCAGCUUUGCCUGGAGUCCUCACCAAAAGAAAAUGCAUCCAUAUUUGUGCAUUCCCCACAUGCACUGAUGCUCCAGGAUGUGAAAGCUAUAGUAACACAUUCAAUUCAUAGUGCAAUUCAUUCAAUUGGAGGGAUUCAAGUACUUUUCCCACUUUUUGCCCAACUGGACAAUCGACAACUCAAUGACAGUCAAGUGGAAACAACUGUCUGUGCUACUCUUUUGGCAUUCCUCGUUGAACUACUUAAAAGUUCAGUAGCCAUGCAAGAACAGAUGCUGGGUGGAAAAGGCUUUUUAGUCAUCGGCUACUUACUUGAAAAGUCAUCAAGAGUUCACAUAACUAGAGCUGUCUUGGAGCAGUUUUUAUCAUUUGCAAAGUACCUUGAUGGCUUAUCUCAUGGAGCACCAUUACUGAAGCAGCUAUGUGACCACAUUUUAUUCAACCCUGCCAUCUGGAUACACACACCUGCAAAGGUUCAACUUUCCCUAUAUACGUACUUGUCUGCUGAGUUUAUUGGAACUGCUACCAUCUAUACCACUAUACGGAGAGUGGGAACAGUCUUGCAGCUGAUGCACACAUUAAAAUAUUACUACUGGGUCAUUAACCCUGCUGACAGCAGUGGCAUCACGCCUAAAGGGUUAGAUGGUCCCCGGCCAUCACAGAAAGAGAUCGUAUCACUUCGGGCUUUUAUGUUGCUUUUUCUGAAACAGCUCAUAUUAAAGGAUCGAGGCGUGAAAGAAGAUGAACUUCAGAGCAUAUUAAAUUAUUUACUUACAAUGCAUGAGGAUGAAAAUAUCCAUGAUGUAUUACAGUUAUUAGUGGCCCUAAUGUCAGAACACCCAGCCUCAAUGAUACCAGCAUUUGAUCAAAGAAAUGGAAUAAGGGUGAUCUACAAAUUAUUGGCCUCUAAAAGUGAAAGUAUCUGGGUCCAAGCGCUGAAAGUUCUGGGAUAUUUUUUGAAGCAUUUAGGUCAUAAGCGAAAAGUUGAAAUUAUGCAUACUCAUAGUCUCUUCACUCUUCUUGGAGAAAGGUUGAUGCUGCAUACAAACACUGUGACUGUCACUACAUACAACACACUUUAUGAGAUCUUGACAGAGCAAGUGUGUACACAAGUUGUGCAUAAACCCCACCCCGAGCCGGACUCCACAGUGAAAAUUCAGAACCCAAUGAUUCUUAAAGUGGUGGCAACUUUGUUAAAAAACUCAACACCGAGCGCAGAAUUGAUGGAAGUCCGUCGGUUGUUUUUAUCUGACAUGAUUAAGCUUUUCAGUAACAGCCGUGAAAAUAGAAGAUGCUUACUGCAAUGUUCAGUGUGGCAGGAUUGGAUGUUUUCUCUUGGGUAUAUCAAUCCGAAAACUUCUGAGGAACAGAAGAUUACUGAGAUGGUCUACAACAUUUUCCGGAUUCUUUUGUAUCAUGCAAUAAAAUAUGAAUGGGGAGGCUGGAGAGUCUGGGUGGACACACUCUCAAUAGCUCAUUCCAAGGUUACUUAUGAAGCACACAAAGAAUAUCUGGCCAAAAUGUAUGAGGAGUAUCAGCGACAGGAGGAGGAGAACAUUAAGAAGGGGAAGAAGGGAAAUGUGAGCACCAUCUCUGGUCUUUCAUCACAGACGACAGGAGCAAAAGGAGGAAUGGAGAUCCGGGAAAUAGAAGACCUUUCCCAAAGCCAGAGUCCAGAGAGUGAGACAGACUACCCAGUGAGCACAGACACACGAGACUUGCUCAUGUCAACCAAAGUAUCGGAUGAUAUUCUCGGAAGUUCAGACAGACCUGGCAGUGGCGUGCAUGUAGAAGUACAUGAUCUUCUAGUUGAUAUAAAAGCAGAGAAAGUGGAAGCAACGGAAGUAAAGCUUGAUGACAUGGAUUUAUCACCAGAGACCUUGGUGGGUGGAGAGAAUGGUGCCCUCGUGGAGGUGGAGUCCUUGUUGGAUAAUGUGUACAGUGCUGCUGUUGAGAAACUCCAGAAUAAUGUGCAUGGAAGUGUGGGUAUCAUUAAAAAAAAUGAAGAGAAGGACAAUGGCCCAUUGAUCACACUAGCAGAUGAAAAGGAGGAGCUUCCAAACAGUAGCACAUCCUUCCUCUUUGAUAAAAUGCCCAAACAGGAAGAGAAACUACUUCCGGAACUUUCUAGCAAUCACAUCAUCCCAAAUAUUCAAGACGCCCAAGUACAUCUUGGUGUCAGUGAUGAUCUUGGACUGCUUGCUCACAUGACUGCGAGUGUAGACUUAACUUGCACAUCAAGUAUAAUGGAAGAGAAAGACUUCAGAAUUCAUACGACUUCAGAUGGAGUGAGCAGUGUCUCUGAAAGAGAGUUAGCAUCAUCAACUAAGGGGCUAGACUAUGCUGAAGUGACUGCUACGACCUUGGAAACAGAGUCUUCCAAUAGCAAGAUUGUCCCAAAUAUUGAUGCAGGAAGUAUAAUUUCAGACACUGAGCGAUCUGAUGAUGGCAAAGAAUCAGGAAAGGAAAUCCGAAAAAUCCAGACCACUGCUACAACACAAGCUGUUCAGGGCCGGUCUCUUACCCAACAAGAUCGAGAUCUCAGAGUUGAUUUAGGAUUUCGAGGAAUGCCAAUGACUGAGGAACAGCGGCGCCAGUUCAGCCCUGGUCCCCGGACUACCAUGUUCCGGAUUCCUGAGUUUAAGUGGUCUCCAAUGCACCAGCGCCUUCUCACUGACCUGCUGUUUGCGUUAGAGACAGAUGUGCAUGUGUGGAGAAGCCAUUCUACAAAGUCUGUAAUGGAUUUUGUCAACAGCAAUGAAAACAUUAUUUUUGUACAUAACACAAUUCACCUCAUUUCCCAGAUGGUAGACAACAUUAUCAUUGCCUGUGGAGGAAUUUUACCUUUGCUCUCUGCAGCAACUUCGCCAACUACGGAAUUGGAAAACAUUGAAGUGACACAGGGCAUGUCAGCAGAGACAGCAGUGACGUUUCUCAGCCGACUCAUGGCUAUGGUUGAUGUCCUUGUGUUUGCCAGCUCGCUAAACUUUAGUGAGAUUGAAGCUGAAAAAAAUAUGUCUUCUGGAGGGCUAAUGAGACAGUGCCUAAGGCUAGUUUGUUGUGUAGCUGUGAGAAACUGUUUAGAAUGUCGACAGAGACAGAGAGACAGGGGAAACAAAUCUUCCCAUGGAAGCAGUAAACCUCAGGAAGCUCCACAAAGUGCGAGUGCCACAGCAGCAUCCAAGACUCCCUUAGAAAAUGUCCCAGGUAACCUUUCUCCUAUCAAGGAUCCUGACAGACUUCUUCAGGAUGUUGAUAUCAAUCGCCUUCGUGCUGUUGUCUUUCGAGAUGUGGAUGAUAGCAAGCAGGCACAGUUCUUAGCUCUGGCUGUUGUGUACUUCAUCUCUGUUCUGAUGGUGUCUAAGUAUCGGGACAUACUAGAACCCCAGAGAGAGACUGCAAGAUCUGGGAGCCAGCCGGGUAGAAACAUCAGACAAGAAAUAAAUUCACCAACAAGUACAGUUGUGGUAAUACCGUCUAUCCCUCAUCCAAGUCUGAACCAUGGACUUCUUGCCAAGCUGAUGCCUGAGCAGAGUUUUGCCCAUUCAUUUUACAAAGAAACACCUGCUACAUUUCCAGACACUGUAAAGGAGAAGGAAACACCAGCCCCUGGUGAAGAUAUUCAGCUGGAGAGUUCAGUUCCUCACACAGAUUCUGGAAUGGUAGAAGAGCAAGUAGCUAGCAUCCUGGAUGGGGCAGAGCUAGAGACUGCUGCAGGUCCUGAUGCAAUGAGUGAACUUUUAUCCACUUUGUCAUCUGAAGUAAAGAAGUCACAGGAGAGCUUGACUGAGCAUCCCAGUGAAAUCCUGAAACCUGCGCCAUCCAUAUCUAGCAUUAGUCAAACCAAAGGCAUUAAUGUCAAGGAGAUACUGAAAAGUCUUGUGGCUGCUCCGGUUGAGAUUGCCGAAUGUGGCCCUGAGCCUAUUCCAUACCCGGACCCAGCACUGAAGAGAGAAGCGCAAGCUAUUCUUCCGAUGCAGUUUCAUUCCUUUGACAGGAGUGUGGUGGUGCCUGUCAAGAAGCCACCACCAGGCAGUCUAGCUGUCACCACUGUGGGAGCCACUGCUGCGGGAAGUGGGCUGCCAACAGGCAGUACCUCAAGUAUAUUUGCUGCCCCUGGAGCUACACCAAAAAGUAUGAUUAACACGACAGGUGCUGUGGAUUCAGGGUCCUCCUCCUCUUCCUCCUCUUCUAGUUUUGUGAAUGGUGCUACCAGCAAAAAUCUUCCAGCUGUACAAACCGUAGCCCCAAUGCCAGAAGAUUCAGCUGAGAACAUGAGCAUCACUGCAAAACUUGAAAGAGCUUUAGAAAAAGUUGCUCCUCUUCUUCGAGAAAUUUUUGUAGACUUUGCCCCAUUCCUAUCUCGUACACUUCUGGGCAGUCAUGGACAAGAGCUAUUGAUAGAAGGCCUUGUUUGUAUGAAGUCCAGCACAUCUGUGGUGGAGCUCGUCAUGCUGCUUUGCUCUCAGGAGUGGCAGAAUUCUAUCCAGAAGAAUGCAGGCCUUGCAUUUAUUGAACUCAUCAAUGAAGGAAGAUUGUUGUGCCAUGCUAUGAAGGACCACAUAGUCCGUGUUGCAAAUGAAGCUGAGUUCAUCUUGAACAGACAGAGAGCAGAGGAUGUACAUAAGCAUGCAGAGUUUGAGUCACAGUGCGCACAAUAUGCUGCCGACAGGAGGGAGGAGGAGAAGAUGUGUGACCACCUCAUCAGUGCUGCCAAGCACCGUGACCAUGUGACAGCCAACCAGCUCAAGCAGAAGAUUCUCAACAUCCUAACCAACAAGCAUGGUGCCUGGGGGGCCGUGUCACACAGUCAAUUGCAUGAUUUCUGGCGCCUGGAUUACUGGGAGGAUGAUCUUCGCCGAAGGAGAAGAUUUGUUCGAAAUGCCUUUGGCUCCACACAUGCUGAAGCCCUGCUCAAAUCUGCAGUAGAGUAUGGCACUGAAGAAGAUGUAGUGAAGUCCAAGAAAGCAUUCAGGAGCCAAGCAAUCGUGAACCAGAACUCAGAGACUGAGCUAAUGUUGGAAGGAGAUGAUGAUGCGGUCAGCCUGCUCCAGGAGAAAGAAAUUGACAACCUUGCAGGCCCUGUGGUUCUCAGCACCCCUGCCCAGCUCAUUGCUCCUGUGGUGGUGGCCAAGGGAACUCUCUCCAUCACCACAACAGAAAUCUACUUCGAGGUAGAUGAGGAUGAUGCUGCCUUCAAGAAGAUCGACACAAAAGUUCUUGCAUACACUGAGGGACUUCAUGGGAAGUGGAUGUUCAGUGAGAUCCGAGCUGUGUUUUCGAGACGCUACCUUCUGCAGAACACAGCGCUGGAAGUGUUCAUGGCAAACCGAACCUCUGUGAUGUUUAAUUUUCCUGACCAAGCAACAGUUAAAAAAGUUGUCUACAGUUUGCCUCGGGUUGGAGUGGGGACCAGCUAUGGUUUGCCACAAGCCAGGAGGAUAUCACUAGCCACUCCUCGGCAGCUGUAUAAGUCUUCCAACAUGACUCAACGCUGGCAGAGAAGGGAAAUCUCCAACUUUGAGUAUUUGAUGUUUCUCAACACCAUAGCAGGACGGACAUACAAUGAUCUGAACCAAUAUCCUGUGUUUCCAUGGGUGUUAACAAACUAUGAAUCAGAGGAACUGGACCUGACUCUUCCAGGAAACUUCAGGGAUCUGUCAAAGCCAAUUGGUGCUUUGAACCCAAAGAGAGCAGUGUUUUACGCAGAGCGCUAUGAGACAUGGGAAGACGAUCAAAGCCCGCCCUACCACUAUAAUACACAUUACUCAACAGCGACGUCUGCGCUAUCGUGGCUCGUUCGAAUUGAGCCAUUCACAACCUUCUUCCUCAAUGCGAAUGAUGGGAAGUUUGACCAUCCAGACCGAACCUUCUCAUCCAUUUCCAGAUCAUGGAGAACCAGUCAGAGAGAUACCUCCGAUGUCAAGGAACUAAUUCCGGAGUUCUACUACCUACCAGAGAUGUUUGUCAACAGUAAUGGGUACCAGCUGGGUGUCAGGGAGGACGAAGUGGUUGUUAAUGACGUGGACCUUCCUCCCUGGGCCAAGAAGCCAGAAGACUUCGUGCGGAUCAACAGGAUGGCCCUGGAAAGUGAAUUUGUUUCUUGCCAACUCCAUCAGUGGAUCGACCUCAUAUUUGGCUACAAACAGCGAGGGCCAGAGGCAGUUCGUGCUCUGAAUGUUUUCCACUACUUGACCUACGAAGGCUCAGUGAACCUGGACAGCAUCACAGACCCUGUGCUCCGAGAGGCCAUGGAAGCACAGAUACGGAACUUGGGACAGACGCCAUCUCAGCUGCUCAUUGAGCCCCAUCCGCCUAGGAGCUCGGCCAUGCACCUGUGUUUCCUUCCACAGAGCCCACUCAUGUUUAAGGAUCAGAUGCAGCAGGAUGUGAUAAUGGUGCUGAAGUUUCCAUCCAAUUCUCCUGUGACCCACGUGGCUGCCAACACCCUGCCCCACCUGACCAUCCCUGCAGUGGUGACUGUGACCUGCAGUCGACUGUUUGCAGUGAACAGGUGGCACAAUACAGUUGGCCUCAGAGGAGCCCCAGGGUACUCCUUGGAUCAAGCACAUCAUCUUCCCAUUGAGAUGGACCCAUUAAUUGCAAAUAAUUCUGGUGUGAACAAGCGGCAGAUCACAGACCUCGUGGACCAGAGCAUCCAGAUCAACGCCCACUGCUUUGUGGUCACAGCAGAUAAUCGCUACAUCCUCAUCUGUGGAUUUUGGGAUAAGAGUUUCAGAGUUUACUCUACAGAAACAGGGAAACUGACGCAGAUUGUAUUUGGCCAUUGGGAUGUGGUCACAUGCCUGGCCAGGUCCGAGUCCUAUAUCGGUGGAGACUGCUACAUUGUGUCUGGAUCUCGGGACGCCACCUUGCUUCUCUGGUACUGGAGUGGGAGGCACCAUAUUAUAGGAGACAACCCCAACAGCAGUGACUAUCCUGCGCCCAGAGCUGUCCUCACAGGCCAUGACCAUGAAGUUGUCUGUGUCUCCGUCUGCGCAGAACUCGGACUCGUUAUCAGUGGUGCUAAAGAGGGCCCUUGCCUUGUCCAUACCAUCACUGGAGACCUGCUGAGGGCCCUGGAAGGACCAGAAAACUGCUUGUUUCCACGCCUAAUUUCUGUAUCCAGUGAAGGCCACUGCAUCAUAUACUAUGAGCGAGGACGGUUCAGCAACUUCAGUAUCAAUGGGAAACUUUUGGCUCAAAUGGAGAUCAAUGACUCCACUAGGGCUAUUCUCCUGAGCAGUGAUGGACAGAACCUGGUGACUGGAGGGGACAAUGGUGUGGUGGAGGUCUGGCAGGCCUGUGAUUUCAAGCAGCUGUACAUUUACCCCGGAUGUGAUGCUGGCAUUAGAGCCAUGGAUUUAUCCCAUGACCAAAGGACUCUGAUCACUGGCAUGGCUUCCGGAAGCAUUGUAGCUUUUAAUAUAGAUUUUAAUCGGUGGCAUUAUGAGCAUCAGAACAGGUACUGAAGAGAAGCAGCGGAAGCCACGUUCAAGUGGGAGCACACGUGGAAAGGCAGUAUCUCUGGUGGGGACACUCGUCCAUAUCGGCUUCUGUACACCCAUCCCACCCAGCAGUUGCCGAACAUCAUAGUUGGGAGCCAUUUCACCCUGUUUUUCCAGGACUGAACACCAGCUGCUGUCAAGCAAGCUUAUAUCAUGUAAAUUAUCUGAAUUAGGAGACGUUUUGGUAAUUAUUUCAUAUAUCGCCGUUUAUUGAGAAAAGGUUGUAGGAAGCCUCACAAGAGACUUUUGACAAUUCUGAGGAACCUUGUGCCCAGUUGUUACAAAGUUUAAGCUUUGAACCUAACCUGCAUCCCAUUUACAGCCUCUUUUCAAGCUGAGAAAACAAAACCCACGUUUGAUACUUUGUACAUCAUAUGCAUCUUAUUUAAAGGGAUACUUUUGUAAAAGUGAAACCUUGUAUAAAGAAAGAGCAGCCUUUGUUAAUUUACUGUGGAGUUACAACCUGCAUGCUCCCUACUCCCCACGUCUCGAUGGAACGGGUGCAGUCAAGCUAGGAAACGGAAAGAACACAGCUUGUUCAAAAGGGUUGAAUUUGGGCUCAAUCCAUAAUUUUGUUGACAUUUUCACUAAAAUAUGGUUUGCACUUUUUAAUCUAAAUUCAUCCCUUCUAAGUGAAGUUUGCUCAUAUAGCAUUUGGAUACUAAGCCAUUAUUUACCACUGUUGGUGUUUUUUACAAAGAAAAUUCAGCCCUGCCCUUUAGGACCUGAAGAUGCAAUAGAAGGGGAGCCUGGGCAUGAGGGCCUGGUUUCUACUGUGUGUACGUGGGAGUCAUGAUCAUUAGCCCCAGGGCAUCGACUUCCCAGCAUCUGGACAUCUCUCCCUGGUGUCAGCCUGCUGGUUCCAUGUCUACGUAUAGGGAGGAUCAGGAUGCUAAAGUUUUCUUCCCUUUGCUUCUCAAACAGCAUAGUUCAAUGAUGAGUCAGACUUUAUUACAAAAAUAACAAACUUACCCCUUUUGUUUCUUGUGAGUUUCCCACCUAAAGCCACAUUCCUGGCCUAAGGCAUCUUAUCUUUUCCAGUAUCAAAUGAUGGCUCUCAAAUUAUUUUUCCAUCCAUUGUCCCGAUCCAGCUAUCACCCAGGGGUCUAUACAUUUUCUUCAUGUUUCUUCUUUGUAUAUUUGGUGACUGUAUUGUCAUAGGUGUACAUAUCGUGUCGGUAGGGCUAUGAGGCAUGUUACAGGAAUGUAAUUUUCUCAGAAUUUACACUCAUUUGCAGUCAUUUAUUUCAAAAGAUAAAACAGGAUAAUGGGUUCUUUGUAUUGGCACUUUGCACCAGAAACAUAUCAUUAUUUAUUGCUGUGAUUACUUAUUUGUCAUCCACCUUGUACUAGAAAGUUUUAGCACUGAAUUAUUCCUUCUUCAUUGUUGUUUGUAUUUAUGAAAUUCGGAAAUUAUGGGGAAUCAGUGUACUGAUUACGUUAUUCAUCACCAGGCUGUGAGCAAUAUCUUGAGUUUGUAGCUUAGAAUUGGGAAGGCACUGAACAUCUGGAAGACAAGGUCAUUUCAUCUUGAGAUCAUGGUGAAAUAUUUUGGAUAUAUAAAUUCCUUAAGCUAUUGUAACCAUGUUUUAUUGCAAAGAUGUAAAAUAUGCCAGAUGUGUGUGAGUUGGAAAUCAAAAAAAUGAAAAAUAAAAUAUGCAAAGAAUUCA